AUCACUUCUCACGGCCGCGUCUCUGACAUUCUACAUCAACUUUCCCCUAACACCUCCGCCAUCCUCAUCAUGGCUUCGAUACGGACGACCGUCAAGGCUUCUGGUGGGCUGAUCUGCCGUGCCUGCAAGCGUCCGAGUGCUGCGCAGUCGCUCGCGAAGCCUGCAGCGUGGCGCGCCUUGUCCGUAGAUGGACAGCAAAAGCUAUUGUCUGCCAACCUCGAGAACGCCGAUCCCUCUGUCUUCGAUAUCAUCCGCAAGGAAAAGAGACGGCAGAAGCACUUCAUCAACCUGAUUCCUUCCGAGAACUUCACCAGCCAGGCUGUAUUGGACGCGCUAGGAAGUGUCAUGCAAAACAAAUACUCCGAGGGCUAUCCAGGCGCACGGUACUACGGCGGCAACGAGUUCAUCGACGAAGCAGAGAUCCUGUGCCAGGACCGAGCCUUGGAGACAUUUCGACUGCAAAAGGAUACAUGGGGCGUCAACGUCCAGCCUCUCUCUGGCUCCCCCGCCAACCUCUAUGCCUACUCGGCUCUUCUCAACACGCACGACCGCAUCAUGGGCCUCGACCUUCCCCAUGGCGGACAUCUCUCUCACGGCUACCAGAUACCGAACAAGAAGAUUUCCAUGAUCUCCAAGUACUUCGAAACCUUCCCGUACCGACUGGACGAAAGCACCGGCCUCAUAGAUUACGAUAGGCUCGAAGAGCAAGCGCUAUUGUACCGACCAAAGAUCAUCAUCGCAGGAACGAGUGCCUACAGCAGACUGAUCGACUACGAUCGAUUUAGAAAGAUUGCCGACAAGGUGGGCGCUUACUUGUUGGCGGACAUGGCACACAUCUCGGGUCUUGUGGCAGCAGGAGUGGUUCCUUCGCCAUUCGACUUUGCAGACAUUGUCACCACGACGACGCAUAAGAGCUUGAGAGGACCUCGAGGCGCCAUGAUCUUCUUCCGCAGAGGAGUGCGAAGCGUGGACAAGAAGGGAAAAGAGACACAGUACGAUCUCGAGAAUCCAAUCAAUGCCUCUGUAUUUCCAGGGCAUCAAGGAGGACCACACAACCACACCAUCACAGCUCUCGCUGUUGCGCUUCACCAGGCACAACAGCCAGAGUUCAAGGAAUACCAGACGCAGGUGCUGGAGAAUGCACAGGCGCUUGCGAACCGAUUAGGCAACGGAAAGGAGUCUGGGGGCUUGGGCUACAACAUCGUGAGUGGUGGGACGGACAACCAUCUCGUCCUGGUUGAUCUGAAGGACAAGGGCAUCGAUGGAGCACGAGUAGAACGCGUGCUCGAGCUUGUCGGCUGCGCAGCGAACAAGAACACUGUUCCUGGCGACAAGAGCGCAUUAAAGCCAGGUGGCCUACGUAUGGGCACACCAGCGAUGACAACGCGAGGCUUCCAGGCCGGCGACUUUAAGCGUGUCGCCGAUGUUGUGCAUAGAGCUGUCAACAUCACGAAGACUCUCGACGCCAAAGCCAAGGAGGCGGCGGAGAAGAGCGGGCGCAAAAACCCAGGUAGCGUCAAUGCCUUCAAGGACUACGUCAAGGAGGGUGAAGAGGUCAUCGAGAUUGUCGAGUUGAGACGCGAGGUCGAAGACUGGGUGGGCACAUUUCCUUUGCCCUGGACGGAGUCGUCCUGAGCUGUUGUCGUGUCUGAGGAGUGAUGUGAUUAGGGAGAUCUGUUUGCGUGGCAUUGCAUUGGCUCGGCGUAAACGCAGGGAGAGGCGCUGGUGGGCGAGACGGUUCGUAUAGCUCCCUUCUAUUCAUGAUUUAUUGCCCGCGACUGAAUUCUGGUGAAGAUGAAUGCUGCUGGACCCCGUCUUGCUUUACAUUCACUCGCGACUUCUCCCUGCAGGCACCUGCGGCAGCGGCCCGGCCAUGUGAUCGCGUGCUCAGCAACAUCCAGCUCGCACUUCUUUUGAUUUGACUCUUCAUCGCUGCGACCAACUCAUACUCAUCGCUGAAACCCCAUUGCACCACGAUGUCGACCCCAACCACGGUAGCCCGAACCGUGUUCGCGGUGCCGAUCACCUUCACCACGACUGUGACUCUAGCCUUUCCGACAGGAACAAUCUCCAUCGAUCUCAAUGGAGCGUCCUCGACGACCUCACCAGCACCCGCCCCCACCAUCACAAGCUCCGUCACACCAUCCAGUGCUCAGGGCGGGCUCAGCGGCGCGUGGGCCAUGCCAGCAAUCUGGGUGCUCAUCGGAUAUUGCGCUGUCAGUUUGGUCCUCGUCUACAGUCUGUGUGCUGGAGGCUGUCUUCGCGGAUUCGAUCUCGACUGCUCGGCACAAGCACGCCAAGCUCGUCGUCGUGAGCGGAUGCACCGCAGAGAGCUCGAACAGUUGCACGCAGAAGAGGCGGAGAGACGCCUGGCCUAUGGCGCGCAUCCUGAUCCAGAGUGGGCUCCGCGCGUGGACCCCACCGAAGCGGCCACCAUGCCUCCGCAGAGUGAAUCAGGCACGUUGCUUUCUACUGGACUCGGUCAGGGCAACGAGGCAAUGAUGGCGGCCCAUCAACAAGCACGCGCUCUCAAUAGCGUGAACCUCUCGGAGCACCAACUUCGCGAGCAGCGCAUUGCAAGUGCCCUCACUUGUCGAGAUCCAUCAGAGCCUGCGCCGCUCCUAGCGAUGCGUCCUAUGAAUGGCGUCGGCACCAUCGUGUACUUCGAAGAAGUGCGCCGUGAACCCGACGAAGUGCGACGCGAACCUGACGAAGUGCGACGCGAACCUGACGAAGAUCAGAUCUCUGUCGAGUACGCCGCCGAUCUGGAGAGGCACCGACAGUAUCGAGCCUCUCGCAUUCGCGAAAUGGAGUUGCAGCGCAGCUCGUCGCCAAAAUAAGCGGCUCAGACUCCAGCGUCACGCACAACAACAGUGCACAGGUGGAGGAGAGCAUGACAGAAGGCUGGACCAUACGCCAUUGCGUUUCCAGACACAAGCUUGGAGCUGCCGACAGGCGAGAAAGGAGAUGAGAAUGUCUGACGUUGAGGACCGGUGCCGGUGAGGGUAUCAGCCUUAGUGUCAGCACUUUCUGUACACAUAGCUCCACACAUCAUCCAGUAGGAUGGGCUGAAUGCCAAUUAAGUGAAUUUCAA